GGUCACAUAUCAGUUUACAUCGGUGAAUGCAGCUUGUGCUUUUGGAAAUGUUGUUACUAAAUUGUAAACAAAUAUUACAAUCAAUUAGUUUGGGUCUUUGCACUUUUUUGUCAGUGUUAUUUUGUGACAAAAACAAACCACAUUAAUAAAUCUUUCUCUCCAGGCAUUUUCUGGUGCCGCACAGAAGAUAUGGGACCAAAUGGUAGAGCUGAAGUCCAGAAAAGAGAGAGUGUACAACAUGACCCAUGAUGGAUACCUCAAACUCUGGCAGCUGAGUAGACCACAGCUGGACCGAUAUGAUGCCAUAUUUAUUGACGAAGCUCAAGACUGCACACCAGUCGUCAUGGGCAUUAUGCUCUCUCAGAACUGUGGGAAAAUCCUGGUUGGAGAUCCUCAUCAACAGAUUUACACUUUCAGAGGAGCAGUCAAUGCUUUGCACGCGGUUCCUCACACACACAUCUACUAUCUCACACAGAGCUUCAGGUUUGGAUCUGAAAUCGCAUACAUUGGUGCUGCAAUAUUGGACAGCUGUAAAAAAGUGAAGCAGAUAUUGGUUGGUGGGAAUCAGGAUGGGAGUGUUCGAGGGGAGGACACACAAACACUGCAACAUCUGAAGUUGGGACAGAGGCUGCCAGAAGGGAGCGUGGCCAUUCUGAGCCGCUGUAAUGUCACAGUUUUCAGCGAGGCUGUCCGACUCACAGACGUCAACCCCACCUGCAAGAUCUACAUUGUGGGAGUGAGUACAUGA